AUGUUGCAGGAAGUGUUGGAGGCGUUACAGCACGAGCGUGACCACGCACACGGUGCAGGGCAAGCGCUGGCACGGACGCUGAGUAGUGAAAUUGCAAGAAGCGUGGCGGACCAGGCGAUCGCUGAAGUUCGUGCAGAGAUUAUUGCAAAUGUUGCGGCGGAGGCAAAGCUCCUUCGUGAGGAGUUUGCGCGGUCGCGAUCAGAUGAGGCCUACCGCCAGACGCUUCGCAUCCACGGGGCGGAAGAGCGCAUCUCCGCACUCGAGCGGCGCAACGUGGGUACCACAGCCGCCUCACUCAGCGAGGAGACGUUGGCGGCAAUCGAAGAUACGCUCCACGAGUGGCGCAAAGAGAAUGUUCAGGUUCACACGGAGGUGAAAUGCCAGGCGCAGAAGCAGAAGCAGGAUUUCGACGAUUUGAAGCGGCAGCUCGCCGAUCGCAGCGCAGCGGACAUCGCAGAUCUCCACCAGCGCUUUGAUCAUCUGGAGGAGAAGCUGCGUAGCUUCGUCCCUACGGUGGGCGAGGGCCAAAGUGCCGAGGAUGCCAUUUCCUCCGUGCGGAGGCUUACAGAGGUUCUGGAGGAGACUGAAGUCAUGAAGAAGUGCGUUGCGGAAUUGAUGCAGCGCUUUGCU